CUUCCUUAUAACUCUGCCAUUAGUAAAAAAAAGUUUAUACAAACAAUUUCAAACAACAUGGUGGAUCAGCUGUUUUCAUUUUUCUCAGACCGAAAAUUGUUUACGUAAAACGGCGUACUGUUAUGGUUUCAUAGCCAUGUGUGAAUUAAAAUGGGCUCCAUCGCAUCGGUGCUGCAAUGGCAUUGUCAGACAUGUGGGCAAAUCAACCCAACAGAGAGCGUAAAGUGUCUAAAAUGUGGAACAAAAAGGGUGUCUGGUCAUGACAGUGAGCAAUCAAAAGCGUUUAUCAGAGGAGAUUCUUCACCUGAACAUACUUCUAGGACUGGAAAAAGCGAGGGAACUACGCCGGGCUCGGAGCCAAUUGUCAUACCCGCGGAAAAUAAUUUGAAUAGCGGAUGGUCUUGCGUUGGCUCUGCGCCGGACGCGAGUCGAGCUUGGCGCUGCGGUUGCGGCCUACGGAACGUGUCUGCUGCGUGGCGAUGCGCUGCCUGUGACGCCCUCGCGCCGCAUGCUCCCGUCUACAGGCUGUCUGAUGAUGAGGAUCAAGCUCCAGGGAUGACGGACAAAGAUAAAUCUGCCCAAGAUCACACUAUGAUAAGAUCGAAUACCCUGGCAGUCCCAUCAUUCAAGCCUACUUCCAGUUAUUCAGAUGGACGUCGUUUGAACCUGGAUCUCCAAUCACUACGCUUGUCGCCUACGCAGUUGACUGAUCACGCUCACGGCGUUACCAGAUCGCUUUCUCACGGCUCUGUUAUAAACUCCCAGCCGAAGUGGUGGAAGGUUGACGAGACCAGAGGAACAAUCAACAGACCCACUAGUCUGAUGGUUUCGGAAAGAUACGGCUACAAUACUCAGUAUAAUCCACGAGAAUCUUUCCUAAGAAGCCUUCACACUGUGACCAGAAGACCGAAGAAGUGCAGCGAAAGCAAAUCCAAUUGGGAAUUGAACUACGUCAAAGAGUAUCAGAGGGAGCAAAGUAAAGCGUUACAUUUGAAGAAAUGGGCGUGCAGUAAGUGUACUCUUGAGAAUUCGGGCAUCAGAACACAUUGCGAGGCAUGUUUGUCACCUAGAGUAUCGCCAUUGGCUAGAAUGCCCAAUGCCAGAGGUUUAAGUGUCACAACAUUGGGCAGACACGAGACUUUGUCAGGAAGAGACGGCGCGGCAUCCCUUCCAUCUACUGGUGGAGUAAUGAUAACAGUGCCAGACUGGCCUCAGACUGAGAGCAGCACUUUGGCCAGCUCCUUCCGUAGAUCCAUAAGCGCACAAAAUUCUCCAGAAAUCAGACCCACUUACAGGAGAUCGUUUUCGGAGCAAACAAACGCCGACAGACCCGUGGGCAAGGUAAUAUCGAGCAGACGCAGUCUUAACGACUAUCAAAAAUCUCUGGCCAGCUACUGCGGCAGUUUGACGAGGCCCGAGGACAAAAUAGACUUGUUGAAUAAAAAGAUAGACGAGAGUAGUGCAGAGUUGAUUGAUAAGGAAUGCAGUUGGGACACUAACGCGGAGGGCGUGAUAUACGCUCUGCCGAACAAGGGGAAAUAUAAGGAUUUAAAUCUGCAGUUGCAGGUUAAUAAUAACGGGACCCGGUAUUCUUACGUGUCAGUUCAGGACACGAAGAACGUCAUGAGUAACUCUCAGAAUGAGGCGUUAUACUCGAACGAUAUCGGUGAUGGUGAUUACGCGAGAAUCGACGAGUUGUUAGGUACUGAGAACUGUAUUUCGCCAGUGAGUGAGCCAGUAGGUGCGAGCAAUAUAAGGACUUCACAUAUAGGUGCGCAGGUGCCGAAGGAAAGUGCUAAAGUGUACAACAUGCUGCCAUCUGUCGGAAAGGUGUCGCAUCCUCGCGAGACGUCUAAAGUGCCUUCAUCACAGCAACAGACCUCUCGCGAGAAUCGCAUGUGGCAAUGCAGCGAGUGCUGGUUCGCUUACAACGCUUGGUGGGCCCGAGCUUGCGACGUUUGUCGAAGCGGUCGACCGCCACAUGCGUCCGUCACCUUAGCUACGCGCGAUACGCCCGCGGCCACGCACCAUAUGUUGACGCAUAAUAGUUCUAGAACGAACGCGUCUGAGGCCGGUGGCAGCAAGUCUUCGGAACUGAACAGGAAUGAACCCAAGAAGUUGACAGUACCAAUUGCAUCGUUGGACCAUGAUUUGAAUAGUGACGAAUUACUCUUUGCCGUUGAAUCAAACCCGGGACCGCCGGCCUCUAGUCCAGCGACUUGGUCUUGCACUCGUUGCACUCUCGUGAACGACUCUGAUGCUACAGCUUGCGCCGCUUGUGCUGGAUCGAAGCCGCAGCAACCUCACAAUUAUUGGUCUUGCAGUUCUUGCACGUUAAGGAACCCGUUGUCAGCGAACCUUUGCCUCGCUUGCAAGACUCCCCCGGUACCCAAGCACGGGGUUCCAGGGUCUUCAACCGAAAAUCAAAGGGCUGCAGCUGGUCGCAGUCCUUCCCCUAGAAGAAGUUCCAGGCAUACGCCAGCUCUGCCUAGACGUGCAGCUAGACACAAAACUCCACCGCCUGAACCUAAGCCGGAAGCUACGGAAUGGCCGUGUUCCGAGUGUACGUACAUGAACGGCGCGUGCGCAGCCUCGUGCGAUAUGUGCCAGUCGCCGCGCGCGAGACUGUUGCCCGCUGCGCCUGCGCAACCGUCCCUUGAUGACGAUGAACCGGAAGGUUCAGAUGGAGAACGUCAAGAGAGCACCCCUAUGGAAAUAUUGCGACUGAGGGAAGAGAGUCAUGCGUGGACACAGUGGCAAGAAGUUCUAGCGCAAUGUACUGCUAGUGGCGAGCCUUACGUAGACGAUUCCUUUCCGGCUUCAAGCCGUUCUUUAUACUACAACGGGUCGGGCGAAAGCGGCGCCGCCACAAGAUGGCUGCGGCCGAGCCAGAUUCAUGUGGAUGCGGAUCAUCGCAUGCCCUGGGUCGUGUUCCGGGACCCCAGGCCUUCGGACAUAUCGCAGGGUGUAUUAGGCAACUGUUGGCUUCUGUCUGCGCUGGCUGUACUAGCGGAACGAUCUUCCUUAGUACGCGGCGUGGUAGUACGCGGGGAACCUAGUGUUGGUGCCUACCAAUUGAGACUGUGCAAAGACGGAAGAUGGCUGACAGUCACUGUGGACGAUCUUCUACCAGCCAAUAAGAAGGGACAUUUGGUUUAUUCACAGGCGAAAAGAAAACAACUUUGGGUGCCUUUAAUAGAGAAAGCGGUCGCUAAACUACAUGGGUGCUAUGAAGCUUUGGUGUCUGGAAGAGCAAUUGAAGGUCUUUGCACGCUAACCGGGGCUCCCUGCGAAUCGGUAUCGUUGCAAGCGGGCGGGGCGGGGGGAGGCGCCGGGGGCGGAGCGCCCUUAGAACAACUGGAUAGGGACUUAGUAUGGGCACAACUGUUGUCUUCGAGACAAGCGUGCUUCCUUAUGGGGGCUAGCUGCGGGGGAGGCAAUAUGAAGGUAGACGAAGAAGAAUACCAGCGUUUAGGCCUUCGCCCUAGGCACGCGUACUCCGUCCUAGACGUCGUUGAAGUCGCCGGGCCCACUCGUCUAUUACGACUACGGAACCCCUGGGGACAUUACACUUGGAGAGGGGCUUGGGCCCACGGAUGCCCCAGGUGGACGGAAGAAGCGAGAAGGGCCGUCCAAGUACAUUCUGGAAGCUCGGACGCUGAUAGAGACCAGGGAGUGUUCUGGAUCAGCUUCGAUGAUGUUCUGAAAUACUUCGACUGCAUAGACAUCUGCAAGGUGCGAGUAGGAUGGCACGAAGUCAGACUCGCUGGAAUACUUCCCCCAAUGUCCUCAACCAGACAUCUAACCUGUCUACUUCUCACUGCCACUCAACCCACUGAAGUAGACUUCACGUUGUUUCAAGAGGGACAAAGGAAUUCCGCUAAGAGUCAACGUUCGCAGUUAGAUUUGUGCGUCGUUGUGUUCAGAACGAAAUCGGGGCCAAAUGCCCAAGUCGGAAAAUUAGUUGCCCACAGCAAAAGACAGGUCCGCGGUUUCGUCGGCUGCCAUAAAAUGCUAGAAAAGGGCUUCUACUUAGUAGUUUGCCUGGCUUUCAAUCAUUGGCACACUGGCCUAGAGUUGGCCGAUAGUUCGGCCUGGCCUAGACACGUUUUGGCCGCGCAUUCGUCCAAGCCUUUGGCCGUCGAAAGGCCGUCGCUACAUCCGCACAUAUUGGCCGACGCUAUAAUCGGCCUUACGCUCGCCAGAGGCCAGCGGCACGAAGGCCGGCAAGGGAUGACUGCGUAUUACUUGACUAAGGGCUGGGCUGGCCUCGUGGUAAUGGUGGAGAAUCGCCAUACAGACAAGUGGAUCCACGUGAAGUGUGACUGCCAGGAGAGCUACAAUGUUGUUUCUACUAGAGGCGAGCUCAAGACCAUAGACUCCGUGCCUCCUCUACAUAGGCAAGUUAUAAUAGUGCUAACCCAACUGGAGGGCAGCGGGGGCUUCUCCAUCGCACACCGCCUCACCCACAGACUGGCGGGGGGCGCCCGCCUGCAGGACUGGGCGCCCCCCGCCGACGGGGAGCCCCGCCACCGGCCCCCCCUGGCGAGGCGACUGUUAGGGCUCCACGCGCCACGCCUGAUCACCUAGCCGCACAGUUAAUUAUGUCGUUAAGAAUGGCCUUCGUCUGUACCCCCGACACUCAGCCUUAUCACAGCAGCGGUAAGAUCUAAAAUAGCUUGGCUAAUAGGUAAACACAUUGAAUAUCAAAAACUAAAUGUUUCGUAACUGCUAAGAUACGAUUUUCUACUUUGUUAACAAAGUCAUAAAAUGUAUGGGAUUUUGUAAAUUGAAUUCAAUAGAGUAGUUGGGUAGCACUUGAACUAUAUUAACUUGUAUUAAGGUCGAAAUUAGCCCGCAAUCUUAGAAUUAUUUUUUUAUAGAGUCGCGUUACAUUUUAUGUAUGUUUGAAUUAUUUUUUUAUUCGUUUUACAGCUUCUUGAACUUUAGCACUACUGACUUAUUUCGAAUAGUAAAUAAAUAAUUGUUUAAUGCAAUUUUCAAAGUAAGAAUGUUUCGUAAACUGGAUCUAUUGAUUUAUCCAUUUAAUUACAAUUUAAUUGUUGGUUCUAAAUGGUCAUGCCGGCAUACUUCACUUGGCUAUUCGUAAUUGCUAUUUGUAAACUUGGAAAUAGUCUCUCCGUAUCAUGCUUAAAGGUACAAGUCCGAACUGAACCGCAGACCACAGGCCGCAGCUCCAGACUGCAGGCGACACAACUAUAGUCUGUCCAUUCUAUUAAUAUCUUUUUGACAAAUCGAUCGAAGUAAAAAUAGUGACACCCUAUCACAUAACUCGUUCGAUUUAAAGCUAUAAUCGAUUUUAUGCUAGAACAUUGUUUAAUCGAUUAUAAGCAUCGAAAUUAUUUUAGUUAUCAAAAAUACUGAAUCUCAUAAGAUUUAUUAUUUUACCUAGUACAAAUAUUUGUGUGAUGAGCACGACUAUUUGUUCUGUGCCUGGCUGUGAUUUAUCUAUAAUAUGUAUGUAUAUACAACAAAAAAGCAGUAUACUUUUUAUAUAUUUGUUUAUUUAUAUAAUGAACUUAAUGUUAAUAUUUUAAUUACUUGGUUUCUACCUUACAAUUUGGUUGCAUUCAUUUAUUUCUACCGAUUAUUUGUAAUCUGUGGCACAAUCUUAGUAAUCAUUGGCACAUCACUAAGUAAGCGGUACCCUUCCAUGAAGUACAAUAUUAUUUGUAUGACAUUUUAACGUAAACAAUACAAAAUUUCAUGAGCGUCGAUCUGUCAAAAAGAUAAAAGUAGAAUGGACAGACUAUAGUUUCUAUGAAUCUCUAUGAAAUUGAUUCCGAGCGAGAUAUAACGCACGGUCAGCCGCAGGCGCUAGCCGUAGUGUCGCCUGCGGUUGUCGCCUGCAGUCCUUUGCGGCAUUGUAUCUUUAUAAGGAAUGAAUUGAAUUUAAGUUUACACUAUACAAGCAAACACAAUUAGAAAGAAGAAUGUUACAAAUUGUGGAAAGAGUAUUUCGAUAAGAGAUUUGAGGAGAAAGGUUAUCUUUAUAUAUAUAAUUCUUCUGUGAGUGUGUAUGUCACUGAACUUCUCUUAAACGACUGGACCGAUUUUGAUGAAAUUUUUUGUGUGUGUUCAAGGGGAUCUGAGAAUGGUUUAGAUUCACAAUUUUGUCCGCUGGACAAUGUUUUUUUUAAUUAAUUUUUAAUUUAUUAGUAGUUGUUGAUUUUGGAAUGUUUUACAUUGGAUCCGACAGACGGCGCUACCAUACUAGACAGGACAACGUCUGUCGGGUCCGCUAGUAUGGUAUAAAAGAAUACAUUCUUAACCACCCAAAAUACCCUGGUUUGUCAAAGAAAAUAUGAAUCGGCCACUUCUUGUGACUAUCAUGAGAUUACGUUCCGUUCCACUGAAUGCGUUUGGAUUCCUAAUGAAAGUUAUUGAAUCUCCCAACUGUAAAAUCUGGGGUGUAAGAGAGGACACGUACCAUGCCUUAGUGGAGUAUGUCCGGAACGAAUCUGAACGCAGAGAUUUAGAGCCAAGUGAAGUGCCGGCAUCAUGUAUCAGUGGCAAAGCAAGUACAAGGAGAGAAAGCCGUAAAGAGUUUUAUAAAAUGAUUAUCCUUCAGUACUAGACCAAACUGUUCUCAAACUUAUUCCCUCUUACUACAAAACGCGGACUAAAGUUAGUCUAGUUAGUAGGUAGUAGUAUUAGUGUUUAGUCUACUCUUCGAGAAUCAAUUAUUUUGACCCUCAAUUUGGUAGCUUUCCAAUUACAGCAUUAUAGCGCAUUAUGCGGCGUAAUGCUUAACGUUGAGUGUUUCAACUACAGCAACGCUUCGCACAAUCGAGCACUCUCAAAAGUAAUGCCUUCGCGUGAUGCGUGCAAUCGUACCAACUCAGAGACAGAAAAUUAACAAGUGUUUUUUCUUUAUGUUGGUAUUGAUCGAAAUGUUUUAUUUAUAUAUUAUCGUUAGUAAUAUUAUUAAUUGUUGAAAAAUUAUUAAAACUUUAGUUUCAUUAUAGUUUUUUUUUAAAUAAUAAAAGUUAAUUCAAACUGUGUUAAAAAAUUAAAUAUAAAUAUGGAUGAAGGUACAAACAUUGACUUUUUUUUCAACACUGAACUUAGCGCACUCUGCUGGUGCAUUUGAAAACUAAUUCACGUUCCAAUUAAGCAUCAGCAUAAUUCGGCAUUGUGCGCCACUGAGUCGCAUAAUGCUCUGUAAUUGGAAAACCACCUUUAUUUUUUUUUACAUACACGUUUGAAGUUAUCUGUUGAGCUUUCCGUCUCACGUAAUCUGUGGCCACGACCCGACUGUAGUUUAGGAAGUUUAUCCGUUAAAUUCCGCGGUGGGUUUGUUCAAAAGUUGUGAUGUGCGUAACUAACUUCAGGAAAAACAAGAUAUUUUAUACGCAGUAUACAAGGUUUGAUUAUAUACACGCCUACCGCUUUAACUGCACGGAAACGGCCCAAAAAUAUCUGCUACAUACGAUAGAUACGCUCGUCGCUACACACGCACACACUGACUGUUUUUAAACAAUCUGACAUUAGAGUCACGCACACAUUGCGCGUAAUAUGAGCCCAUUUUUGCUUGUUUUUUUUGGAUUCCUCUAUCUACACUGGACUGCAAAUAAACUGGGCGACUUGCUACCACGGAACUCUGAUUUGAUUUUCUCAAAUGGUAUAAAACUUGCAACCAUCAAAAUUUUGUGUACAGGAAGUGUCGUGGUGAUUAAAAUGAACUAGAAUUUAUUGAGAUUAAUCUAUUAAAAUUUUUAUUUAAAAAAAGCCAAGAAAGAUCGUUUUCCAAUUUUGGUAUUCGGAAGUAACGAACGAAGCCAAAAUACUCACGUCUUAAAAAAACAUAUGGAGAAAAAGUAAGGAAAUGAUAAGAAGUAUCAGACUAUCUUCAUUUUAUAAAAAAAAAAAACGAUAAUCGCGACAAAUUGUUAGCAUUGCUGUUCUUGCUCAGUUACAAAGUAAGUUGACUCGGGACACCGGUUUUCAGAUGGGUAAACAAAAUUCUUGAGCUCUUCGGCUGCAUUUGCAACCAGUAGAACCCGUAUUAGGCCUGCGUGAUGGGUCAUGAUCCGAUCCUCCUAUUCCAUCCAUAGGGAAGGCCUGGCUCCAGGAGCGGUAACAAAAAAGACAAAAACGUUCCAAUAAUGAUAUGUUUGCCGUUGCAUUUUUUUUUUAAUUUUUUAUUUUGGCAACAAACAGUCAUAUAUUUUACAAAAGUAACUUAUGUUAAACAUUUUUUUAUGAAAUAGACCUAAUUUAUGAAAUAGACCUCAUUUAGGGCAUCUAUGUAUCUGUUUCGUGGUUUGAGUGAAGACUCAAUUGUUAAAAAAACAUGUUUUAUUGAAAAUGAUCUAUAUUAAUAGUAAGAUCCAGCGAUUAUUUUUUUUACUAUUCAUACAACAAGCGUAACUUAUGAUUGAUUUUAAAUUUAUAUUCUGUAGAGUUCCUCUGAUUAGAAAAGACAUUUUUUUAAGCAAUUCCGAAUUUACAGAGUUUUAGAAUUUUAAGUUUUAUAAUACGUGUACGAAACGUCAACAUAUUUUUUAUUAUUUAUACCCUUACCCUCUUAUUAAUAAACAAGUAGUGUUUUGUUCAUGUCACUCAAAUGUCAUUUGUCAUUCAAUAGACAAGACAAGACAUGGAGUUACUGAUAUAAGCGUAGACCUUGUAUAUUAAUAAGGAGGCUAAAGUCUAUCACUGAAAUGAUGACGUAGUGUAAUUUAUUAGUAAACUUAUAGUAUUUUGAAAAUACUUUUGCGUUAUUAAAAUUUGAUUUUUGAUUCGUAAUCGUUUUGCACAAAAUGAUUCAAUGAAAAGUAUUGACUUAUGGAGUUAUUUUAUGAUACACGAAAGCAAGUGGCUUAGACGUAAGAAUAUAAUGUUUUGUUUAUUUUUUUAUUAUGUGUAUAAAAUAAAAAAGUAAUCUGUAAUUAUCCUGUACUAUGUUAAAAGAUAGAUUAACAAUGUACGUGUAUUUAAAAUUAGAAUUAAUCUAAUAAAAUAGCCUAUAAUAUUUUUUCUACUUCGCAAAAAAGUCUAAAUAAUCGGGCGAACGAGAAAAGUGGGUGGGAUCGAAUGUUGCUUUUUUUAACUACCCACAUUUUCGUUUACCCGCCAUUUUGCUGUUGAACCUGGAGCGCUGUAGGGAGCACACUGAAUAUUAUUAUUGACAGGAGACUAGUAUUAAAUGUCACAUGUUGCUAUAAUGUCCCUAUAUUAUAAGUCAUAGUUUUCGUAACCCUACUGUAUGAUAUAAAUAGCAAACGCGCUCGCAAUAUUAUGUAAUUAAUAGCGGACGUUAUAAUUGUAUACAUAAUAAUGGUAGCACUUCACAUGACUAUUUUUAUUUGCUUUGGCCAAAUUUGACAGUAACUCGUUUUUUCAUUUCCUUUACAGGAUAAUGGUAUUAAUUCUGGCACGAUUCUCUAAAUCGCAACUUAAAGGACAAUGGGCAAAACACACCCAGCUCUGCCAACAAUGUUAUAAGUAUUAAUCGACAGAUCUAUGAAAAACUAGACUUUUUUAUUAUGACACCGUAAAAAAAUAUCCCGGUAGUCAAAAGAUAUGACUUCGUAAAAAAUAUCCUGGUGACAAAAGAUAUGACACGGGCAUAUUAAGUAGCUAAAUAAAUUCAUUUUAUAUGACCUUCAGUUUAUAUUAUUAGUAACCAUAAUAAUAUGCCAUAUCGUACUAUAAAACGAACCAAAUAACGACAAAGCCUGCCAACCAUUCUGCGCUUGCACUUACUGAGACACCUGAAAACGUUUAACGGGGGUCCAAGGAUUUGCAGUUGCAAAUAGUCGACUCGUCUUACUUCGUUGUGAUUGUGCGCUCCUUGUCACUUGAUUAACUUCUAUCUAACUCGCUUUGGAUAUUGGAACGCGAUUAUCGGUUUUGUCAAUUAGUAUGGAUGAACUGGAAUCAUGUUUUCUCUGAAGCGUGGACAAGUUUGUGUGAUUUGUGGUCGCUCCGUUUUACAUAGAAGAAACUAUAACGAACAGAAUGUUUGAAAAAACCCCAACCCAUGCGGGGAUUUUUGGAUUUACUUUAGCGCAGCAGAAUAACAUAAGGAGGCACCCUAGCAUCUUGUGAAGUAUUCUCAUAAUACCUGAGCCCCCUAUGUAGGGUCCAACUAACAAACUAAAUUAAUUCCCUUGUUCGUUCGUUAUAGUAUUUGUGCCUAUUUAACUUAAAAUAACUAAAGACCCCCGGGAUGGAAUUUGAUGAGCUUUGGCACAGAUAAUCAUGACUAUAAUACCUUUCAAACAAAUGUAGUUUAAACCGUGGCGGACGUGGGUGCAGCGUCCAUACAUUUUUGCCCAAUGUCCUUUGACAACAGUAAGCCCUGUCAUUCUCUAUACAGAAUGAAAAUGAGAUACUGAUGUUAAACUUAGUUUAAGUUUAGCUAAUCACGCCAGAAUCGACACCGAUGCUGUCUUUGAAUAUGGCCAAUACAAAUUGCCACAUAAAGUGCUAGCAUUUCAACUUUUUCGUAUACAUUAAAGGACUUUGGAUGUUCUAUAUCAAUUUUAUUUUGUGACAUCACGAUUGUCAUUUAAUAUGCAGAAUAUCUAGCAAUCUUUCUAUGCUAUUUUUAUUACUGUACCUUCAAUAUAUAACAUGGUUUGCACAAAGAUUGAUUGAUACUAUUACAUAUUAUAAUUGCAACUUGUAUACUAAUAAAUUGUAUCCAUUUACAUUUUGCAAUUUUAAGUAUUAUUUUUAUUAUUUUAUUAUUCAUGCAAGUGUAUUAAACAUAAAUGCUAACGAUGCGACCUUUUAUAAAAUAAAUUAGAAAUGCAGCACUAUUUAUUUAUCAAUUUAUUCAUUCAUGAAAUAUUUUUUUAUAAAAUAAAAAAUAUGACUGUACCAAAGAGUAAACAGCCGGAUGUAAUUGUGUCGUAUUCUAGCAACGCCAAAGACAAUUGUUUCGAUUAAGUAUGACAAAAUAAAAAUUAAAUUUAUUUUUCUGUUAAUUGCUAGAAUCAUAAAGCUGAGAUUUAAAUCAUAAAUAGAUAGGCUAUUGAGUGCUUUAAUAAGUAUUAGCUUUUUUUGCAGUAUUAUUUCGUAAACAAAUGGUUAGUACAAUAGAGACGUGUCGUGCCAUGCUUUUAUAAAAAACCGGACAAGUGGGAGUCGGAUUCUGCCACCGAUGGUUCUGUACAAAUUUGCCGGUGUUGCGUACCGGCAUUUUUUUAAUUUUAUAUACAACAAAGACGUGUCAUACCAUGCUUUUAUAAAAAACCGGACAAGUGGGAGUCGGAUUCUCCCACCGAUGGUUCCGUACAAAUUUGCCGGUGUUGCGUACCGGCAAAUUUUUUAUUUUAUAUACAAUAAAGACGUGUCAUGCCAUGCUUUUAUAAAAAACCGGACAAGUGGGAGUCGGAUUCUCCCACCGAUGGUUCCGUACAAAUUUUCCGGUACGCAACAUACACGACUGUUUCUUUUUUUACGUUAACUUCGAAGUGUCUUUUUUUUCUCAGCUUCAAGGGACCGUAGAUCUGAGUAUAUGGUUUAAAGGACAUGGUAAAUUUUUGUAUGAGCGACGCCUUAGCAGUUUAUUAAUAUUUUACUUAGUAAUAUUUAAUGCUGAAUGGCUGAAUAUUUAUAAUUUCUAUGAGAAAAAGGUUCAGGAACUUUUGACCCAGCUCCGCCAACAAGGUAAUUAGUAUGAAUCGAUAGAUAUAUGAAAAACUAGCCUUUUUUAUUAUUAAAGUCACAAUCUUGAAAAUUAUGAAAGCUCCUACUACGUUAUUCCUAUUAUCUUGCUACAUUUGAUAAAAGAUGUUUCCAAUUAUUUACAGAACCAUCAUUUUCACAUUUUCUUAGAAUCUUACCUCCCAUUUAUCUAAUUAACACUACACAACAAAAAGUAUUUUUAAAGCAAAUAUAAAUACAAAUAAUUUAUUGUUGUCGUUUGACUGACGUCAGAAAAAUAAAAUCUAUUAAUUAAGACCUUCAGUGAUUUGUUAAUAUAAAAAUUAGGGCCAACUGUGUCAUAGUUUUUAGGAGUUUGUUUACAACAAGUAUUUUCUUGUGUACAUUUAUUUUUGCGAAAUGGAUCAUUUUCCUUUUGCAACAGACAUGAAGUAAAUUUUUAUACUUUUAAAUAUUUGAUUAUUUCACGAAAGUUGUAUGAGAGUAAUAAAUAAGUUAUUAAUAAAAUAAUCUUAUAAUGUUUCGGGCUAGUGCAAAAUAAUUAUACACGUUGAGGGUAGUUUAUUAACCAUGUCCUUUCAACUCGUUUACUCCUCGCGUUCUCGAAAGGGUUACAUACAGGCAGAUAGACAGACAAUAAAGUGAUCCUAUAAGGAUUUUUUUUUAUUUUUUUUUGAAGUAUGGAACCCUAAUUAGCAGACUGGCAUAUUCAGAAAAACGUCUAAAGAAAAUUGACACUAUCUAUUCUAGCUUAUAGAGAUGGUUAGCUAGCCAAUUACCUUACCAUUUGACUAAUAAUUCUGGCAAUAAUUAAUAUUAUUAACCUUUAUAAUUUCAUUCUAGUUUGAUAAAUAAUAUGGCAUUGCUAGAACUUGAUCACUUUAUUUUAAUUAUGAAUAAAAUUAUUUGGGAUUUUUUAAAUAAUAAUGCUGAGAAUCAACCAUUACAUGUUUCAAGGCGACCGGACAUUUUUUGAAAAGCAAGAAAUGUAAAUAAUUAUGUAGUAGCGUAACCUUAGGCGGUUUAUAAGUAUUUUAUUUAUUUAGAAGAGUUUUAAAAUUGGCGGGUAUUAUUUUAUACUAUAUUAAUUUUAUUUAAAUUAUUAUUUUACUUUAAAAGUUGAUAAGUCGUAAAAUGUGAAGCCAGAAACAUAUUAACAUGUCGUGUCGCGUCGUGGCGCGCCAGAAGCACAUCGGUUUCAUACAUUUACUAUGGUUAGAGACAUAUUUACGUAUCGUGUCGUGUCGACGCUUUAACCUCUCUAUCUCUCUCUAACCCAUAAUAAAUGUAUGAAACCGAUGCGCCACGACACGUUAAUAUGUUUCUGGCUUGACUUAUACGCCCAAAUACUCAAACUUUUUUUGUCGAAAAACAGGUUUCUUGAUUUGUCUUUUAAUUUAAUGUAGCUGUCAAAUUUCAGAAAACGUGAGGUGAUUGACAGGUUUUUAGAAUUUAAGAAGCCGUCAAUUAAAGCGGAUAGUCGUUUGGGUAUUCGUUCGUUAAUUAAAUAUAAGUUAUGAAUCGCGUGGAAUUCCUGCAUAGCUUAUCAAUCAUGCUCUCCUUAUUAAUUUUCAUAAUACUCAUUUGUUGUUGUGAAACGGAAGUUAUUUAUGAAUAAUUUAGUAUUAUUUUAAUUUUAAUUGGAAUGUUUCUCAUUGAAAUGAAGACAGGUUCUUGCCAUUAUUUUGCUUUACAACGAUAAUAAUUUAUUUAGCUAGUUGUUCAAUAAUUAAGAUUUGGCCUACAGGCAGCCCUGAUGUGCAAUAUGUUAUAAGUGAUUUUUAUUAGAUGUUUUUAUCGGCACAAUUAUGUUUUUGCACGUUACACGCAAAAUAUGAGCCUAUUUAAGAAAUGAUAAGAGAAAGAGAAUCUAUUUUUGGUUGAUUAAUUUUAUUUUGUUUUUGAAUAUCGAUACUUAAAGAUCUAAGAAUUGGUCAUUUACUGAAUAAAAUUAAGUUUGAAAAUGCCGAGUGGUGUGCACACUGCAGAUAAAAAUGCCUGCUUUGAGAUCAAAGAAAAUCAAUGCCGACACUUAUGGCGGCAUCUUUUUUUGUUUAGUGUAACUAUUUAAAGGCAAGUAUAUGUAACUACAUAAAGAUACUAUAUAAAUGGAUAUUAUAAUGUGUUCUGUUAAAUGUUACAUAAUUUAACUUUAAAUUGAAUGCAUGGAUGUGUAUGAAAUUCACAAAUUCAAACAUAUAAUAAUACAAACAGCAGCUCUUUAAACUGUUAACUCUUAUAUUUUGAACCAAAGCGGUUGUUUAAAGUUAAAAUUGUGUUUAGUAUUUUGUCAUUUUACGGCAAUCGGGCAAACUGAAAUGUUAUUAUUUCCAUAUUAUGUUUUUUCGACUAAGCUUUUAUGAAUGAUGAGUCACGCAAUCGAAUAAUAUAUAUACAGGAUGUAAAAAGACCUAUGACAAAUAUUUAAACUCUGCGUUCUGUACACCCAAACAAGUCAUAUUACAAAAUAUUAUAGGUGGGAAAAAAUUAUAUUUUUAAGUUUAAAAAAAAAACAUUUUUUUUCCAGUACGCAAUGUAUAGCUCGUCGCGCUACUGUUUCGCUACGCAAACAAUUUGCCUGUGUGUAUGUGUUUGAGUGUGUCUAAGUGCGUCGAUAAAAAAGUUUCUAAAUAACGUUUUGAAAAUAUUAAUGUAUAAAUCUUGAAAAAAAUAUUUUGGCUUUGACCUUCAAUAUCUCCAUAACCAUAAAUUUCCCAGGUAUGGUCCAGAAGAAAAAAAUGAUCGUCAUGAUGUGGAAAAUACGUGGCCUUCGACUUCGUUGUAGGUUUUUUUACACCCUGUAUAUACGUCAAAGACACUUUUGGGGAUGCCGUUUGCCAUCGAAAACUAUCUUUAUUACAGAGCAAUAAGAGCUAUUUCGUUAUGUGCUGGUAUAUCUCUUGUAUGAAGAGAAACAUGCAGUUUCCUCGACUCCUCUUUUCUUUGCACUCAAUGCAAAAGUUGUGGCGUCACAAUUGAACCCCAGUGAAAUGUUCUGUGAUAUCUGAGACGGUUCUGUAUGUCCAGUUUUUGGUAGCCAUACACACUACGAGAAAUCGUUACGAUUAGACUGUACCGGUCCGAACGGUACCGAUAAAUCGUAGCGUGUAUGUUAUGGUAGCCAUACACACUACGAGAAAUCGUUACGAUCAGACUGUACCGUCCGAACGGUACCGAUAAAUCGUAGCGUGUAUGUUAUAACACUGCACAGUUUUCUAUACGUACGCCGCGUACGAUAAACUGUUCCGUUCGAAUUGUACAGUCUGAUCGUAACGAUUUCUCGUAGUGUGUAUGGCUACCAUUAUAAAAUUGCACAGUUUCCUAUACGUUCGCCACGUACGAUAAACUGUUCCGUUCGAACUGUACAAUCUGAUCGUAACGAUUUCUCGUAGUGUGUAUGGCUACCAUUUGAUAAUAAAAGCGAGUCGGCACUUUAAUAAUGCGGAUGAUGGGGGUGAAGUUAAAGAAAUCCUAUUUAUUCCGUCAGUUAGAUUAUUAAAAUAUCAAGCGAAAUAGUAUACACAUUUUUUUUUUCUUUUGUCAAUAUACCAAAAAGUGACUAGGAAAAAGCGCGUAGUUUGAGAGUGGGGGCUCGUGACGUCACUGCUAAGUAAAUAUUGUACCAAGUUGUGACGUCAUGCGAUAUUUCAAAUAAAUAUAUCUUUAUUAUGUGAAAAAAACACGUGUCCGUUUUUUAUAAUCUACUUUAUAGACGAAGGAGAAAAAAGUUAGUUCUUCCUAUUGUUUAAUGUAGUGGGGCAUCCCGAUUCCACCUUCGCUUAGAUCGCGUAUGAUAUAUGGAUUAUUCCCUAAAUGGAAAAUGGAUACCGUCAAAGAUUUGGUGCUGGCAGUAUCUAAGUUUGACUUUGAAAUUCAGACAUUUUGAUUUUUAUAUUAUUUUAUUUCUCACAUAUAAGGUUGAAUAUUUAUUCGAGAAAGACAAUUUUGGACUUACUCGAUGUAUGUACUGUUAUGUAUUAGAAUUGUGGAAAUUAUUAUUUCUAAGUCUAUCGAAACAUAUAGGAUCUUGAAAUUAAGUAUAAUCUUUUUACACCCCAUACAACAAACGUGAGUUUUUUAAAGUUUUAGAUGGUUUUAUAAUAUUAUUUUUUAAUAGAGAAUGUCGAUGAUUAUUUCAAUAUUUAUUUUAAAUAAUAACUUAAAGCAGUAGAUUAUUGUUUCGCUCUGUGUUGUGCCAUAUUUACCUUAUGUACCGUACAAGAUUGUUUCUUUAUUAAAUUUUAGUUGUAUCACUAACGGCCGAACUCACAGGCGUCAAUUAAUUUUAACGCCUGUGGAAAUGACGUGUUGCCAUAUUCUAGGUACUGCUUUCGCUAAGAUAGCAUCAAAUUUAAUGAAACAUAAAAUCAAUUGGGAAUAUGCAUGUAAUUCUAAUAAUAGGCUAAUUUUUUUUAUAUAAACUCUUAUUUCUUUUUGAAUAGUCCCUCCAUCAAUAUUUAUUGAUAAAGUACGGAAGACCUGUUGGAAAUUCAAAUUUCUGAAACGAGACCGAUUCGAACUAUUUAUAAACUUUAUCUGCCUUAUUCCAAAACGUGAACUAAAGUUGGUCUUGGUUAAAACCUAUUGUUGUCUCUGUCUUUUUUUUAGUAAACAAUAGCGACAGCAUCUUCUUUAAUCCAGGUAAUUUUAGGCUUCGUUUUGUAAUUAGGCUGUAUAUGUUUGAAUCUUAGAUCAACAAUUGGAAUAUUGAAAAGUGAAGGUUGCGACGCGAUGUUGUCUGUACUGUUUCUAAGUACCUAUUUGUUUCUCUGUAUCUCUAUCAGCCGUAAUCAAGAGACGACAUUAAUUAAUUAUGGCUAAAAGUACGGCAAUAAAUCUAUAAGAAAAUUGAAAUAAACUGAAAUAUUUUGAUUACAAAUGAAGUAAACCUAUUUUACUUACCUUGUAAGCCUCCCUCCCUUCAUAUUAUAUCCUAGUGACGUAAAGAAAAAAAUUUUUUUUUCAUUUAAAAAAAAAAAAUAGUCUAUUUUCGACGUUGAAUAUUUUUCUUCUUUGUUAUGGGGAUCAUAACUACUACAUUAAAAUAUGAAAAAGAAACAUGCUUAUUCCCUAUUGAAGGCUCGUGAGUGGGCCUGUUACUUUUCAACGCAAAGAAUAUUUUUGUAAUCAUAAAAGAGAUGUAAGUUCUAUGUGUUGAUUACUUAAAUUAUAGUACUAUCGCGGAAUUUUGCGCUCUGUCACUUGGCGAACAAAAUGCUUUGAACGGUUUUCUACAGUAGUUUUUACUACGCCCCGCCUUCGCGUCGGACGCGCCAAUCCGGGCCGCCGCACUAAAGUAAGACAGAGAGCAUUUCAUUGAAUGAAAAAUGAAUUGAAUUGCAUUUGUUUUAGUUGCAAUUUGUCAUCCGCAUCGUGAUCGCGACAGCGCUAUACGAAAAAGUAAGACGGCGAUAAUUACAUGUCUAUGAAUGAGUUUUUACUACGCCGCUACCGCAAGCGAUUAUGGCAUUAUGGGUGACAGAGCGGGUCUUUCCGCGAGUGUACAUAGGUAUUUAUUUGAAAAAUAUUCAUAUAGAAGAAAGUUUGACAUAAAUGCAAUUUUUGACCAGGAUCUUAUAGGAAUGUAGAUUAUUAUUUGGAAAUGUUUUUGAACAUUGUCAAUUUUUUAAAGACAGAAUAACGCUCUAUUUUUUUCUAUCUCCUUUAUUAUAGAAUUUUGAUAAAAAAAAAAUAGUUUUUAUUUAUUGUAAAACCCAACGACUUUGUGUUAUGUGGCAAGUUAACGCUUGUUUUUCGUGUUAGUUAAAGUGAAUGCAUGUUAUAAGUAUUUAUGGUAAGGAAUAUGCAAAUAAAAAUGUUUAAUUUGAA